GCUUGGUCUCUCGUCGGAGCGCUCCGAACAUCAUCUUCUCUUCACACGCGACUGUAGUUACACACUUUUUGUGACGCAUCAGUUAGUGACAGAAGUGCGCGGUGUGGUUCUCCAUUUAAACAAAGAUGACUCGCUGAUUGAAACAUUUAAUUGAGCAGAAUUGCAUUCGUGUAAAUAUGACCGAUGCUUAUCUGAUCUGAUAGUGUGAAUGAAAAGUGAAAGCUUAUGGAGAAAAAUAAAAAAAAAAGUGCACGUAAUUAAUUAAUAAAGGAAGACAUAUAUGAACAAUAUGCCUAGAAAUUAAGAAAUUACACUAGAAUAUAUUCUAAAUCGAAUGACACUCGUGAAAGAGAAGUACAGCUGGAAGUUGCUGCACCUGCCGUAGUGGUUCUCGCGGCGCCACUCACGUGUUGCAUGCGUGCCGUGGUUAUCCAUCAUGGUCGCGGAGUAGGAACAGCUCCGAUUGGUCGGUUUUGUGGUCACGUGGUAUGGUAAUUGGGCUCCGGUGGGCGGGAAGGAGCGAACGAGGUCGUGGAGGAUCGCGAAAGUGGCGGAAGGAGAGGAGAGAAUAAGCAGCUGUCCACCGGGAGUCCUGUACUCGUUGUGGCCCCGCUCUUUCCAUUUCUUUUCUCUUUUUCUCCCUCUCCUUCUUUCUCUCUUUUCCUCCUUUCGAGAAAACGUCACCCCCUUUUCGCAGGAGGCGGGUGAGGUGUGGACUAUGGACCAUAGCGCAGUGUCGUGCAGUGUGAGCUCGUGAGAAUGAAUAUUAACACGAAAUGGUGUUUCAUACCGAAGAACUGAUGCAGAAAGCGAGAUAAAAAAGCGAGAAACCCGAAGGGUUUUUUUUGCGCGAACGUUGGUUACGGACUAUUGUGAGUGUUGUGUGUGUUACCAAGAGAAGAAAAAAAAAGUAUAGCGAAACAUGAGUUCCUUCUUGAUGAAUCCGUCCGCCGCUGGUGGGUACCAUCAUCAACAUCAACAACAGGCUGGAAAUCCUCACUUGGCCACCACCUCCGUAAUGGUCGAUCCGAAGUUUCCUCCGAACGAAGAAUACAGUCAGAAUAAUUACAUACCUUCGACCGGAGACUUUUUCACAGGCGGUAGCGGCGGUCAUCAUCUAAGUCACGCGCAAUCCCAAUUGCAGUACGGUUACCCUCAACAUCAUCAUCAAGCGGCGUCGACUCCUUACGGAACUACUUCUGCCGUUCAACUGAACGGCGGAUAUCCAGGAUACGGUGGUUACUACGGACCUCAUCAUCAUCAAGUGCAUGCGGUUCAUCACCCGAGUUUACAUUCCCAUCAUCACGCGGUUGGUGCUCUGGCGAUGCCGCCGGAAGCCCAGCAGCCGCCGCUCACGUGUCCGUCGUCGAUACAAAGUCAGCAGCAACAACAGCCGUCUGUACCUACGUCAACCAUCAUCGGAUCCACUCCUCUGUCGCCGUCUAUAUUGCAGAAUCACGUGCAACAAUCGGAUGCUCUUCAGCAUCAUCAGCAGCACGAGAACACUGCUUGUAGUCCGGCCAGCUCGAGUCAGUUGCAUCGAGACAACUCGCCGGAUCUUCAGGCGCAACAAUCCUUGUCUCAGCAGUCUCAGCAUAUACAAAGUAGCCAGCAACAAACAUCGCAGCAACAGCAGCAACAUCAUAUAGAGGACAGUUCGGACGCGGAUGACACGGAAGACGCUCAAUUGGAAAGCUCACCCGGAAUGAUGGAGGAAGAAGAAGAAGAUGAGGAGAACAGGGAUCGCACUAUUUACCCCUGGAUGAAGAAGAUACAUGUCGCGGGAGUCGCGAACGGCUCGUAUCAACCUGGAAUGGAGCCAAAGCGACAGCGAACGGCUUACACGAGGCACCAGAUACUCGAAUUGGAAAAGGAAUUCCAUUACAAUAGGUACCUGACGAGGCGGCGACGGAUCGAGAUCGCUCAUACUCUCGUCCUGUCGGAGAGACAGAUCAAAAUCUGGUUUCAGAACCGUCGCAUGAAAUGGAAGAAGGACCAUAAGUUGCCAAACACAAAGAACGUGCGCAAAAAAAAUCCGAACGGGCAGGCACCGCCAACAACGACGAAAUCGACGAAGACCUCGACGACGCGAGCGAAGUCCAGCACCGGUAAUAACAACAGCCAAAGGAAAAACAACAAUAACUCUCCGUCCAGCGGUAUGGAGAGCAGUCUCGACUCGAGUAUCGGCCACGAUAUGAACGAGGUUCAUGGGGUCACUUCGAGUCUUCCUCACCCCGUUGGUGUGGUACAUUCGAGCUUUCAAGGUCACCCUCAUUCUCUGGCUCAUCUCCAAGCGCAGCUGAGUCAUCAUCACGUGGGUGGAAUGAUGGACGGACCAACGGGAGGAUCGCUGGGACACAUAAGUUCCGAAAAUAUUAGCCCUCUUGCUCCGGCUACCAGUCCACCCGGUUUGUCGCAAGUACCAGCUCCCGUAUUACCAUCGGCAAUAAAAUCCGACUACGGACUCACGGCUCUAUAACGUCCAUUACGGGAAGUAUAUUUACUGAUGUAAUUUUCGUUCAUUGUUGUUUUUUUUUUCUUUCAUCAUUCUUCGAAUCAAUUCAUUAUUCCUUCACACAUUUAAUUCGAUAAUUUAUUACGGCUUGAUGAGAAAAAGUAAAAAAUUUUCCUCGCUAAGACGUGCGAAUAACAAAAAGACUUCGAGUCGUUGCAAGUUAUUGCAUUACUUGUUUACAAUGAUAGUAAAGGCUGACCAAAGGUUUCCGAUACGUAUUUUACAGUUGGAAAAUGUGAAACUCCAUUAUUUAGAAGUGUAUAAUUUAAAAUAAAUUUAUGGGUAAUUACAAUUGAAGUUAAAUACACUUUAAGUUCAUGUAUUGCUGAGACGUACACUACUAAAACGCGGUACACAUAGUGUAGUUUUAUUUUUAAACGUGAUGCAUAUGAUGCGCAUUCACGUUUAGAUAUGAUGCAUAUGUGUCGAAUUAUUUUUUAUUAUGUUUAACUUCAUGUAGCGUAUAUGGUACACGUACAUAUACAUACAUGAUGUUUAUAAUAGAGAAAAACGUGCAUACAUUCAGUAAAACAUAAAGUUGAACAUUUUUAACAGAUAAAAAUUCUAGGUCGGACAACUCCACACAUGCAUGCGAACAAACUCGUGGUCAAAAAAAAGUGUAAAUAGAAUUCCUUAAAUUAGAAGGUAGCGUUUUUAUAGACGAGAAGAGAGAUUGUUCCAUUGAGAGAGACAAAUUAUAUACUCGUAAAGAAAGAUUUGGAUAUAGUUGCUGAAAAUAUUCACUCAUUAUUCGCAUUUUAAAUAUUACUUUGCAUAAAAGGUUGAAUCACAAUCUUAGUGUGGGUUUUUGAAAAUCAGAAUUUCAUUUGGAUUUAAUUAGAUUAAAUUGAAAAAUUUUUAACACUGCUAUAUGUGUCUUAGAAUAUAAAUAGUAAGUUAAAAUGAAAAUUUAAAUACAAAGAUGACUGCAGUUCUUUUGGAAGAAUAAAAAAAAAACAGAUUUUU